CUUGAUUCUUCGUUCGUUGUCGUCCUCACUCCUCGUCGUCGCCCUCACCGUCGUCGACAUUAUCUGAAGACACACAUCUCCCCGCAGACCACUGCAUGCUUCAGCGCCACCGCAAUCGCUACACGCGUCUCCCCACCUCGACGCCAGAACGACGCUUUACACGCCGCCGCCUGAUCUUCAUCGUCUUCGCUUUUCUCGCAACACUCGCUCUCGCGAUCCCAGUCUUCCUCUCGCACGCGCCAGAGUACAUGCGCCUCUGCGUUCCGCUCAACCUGACUCGCGUAUCUGAUAACCUCCACCGCGCCGUCGCGUGCUCACCCGUCUCCGCGCCUGCAGUUCUCGCCGCGUCCAGCAGACCCUCUAAAUUCACGGCCGCAGUCCGCAUUUCGACCCUCUCGCGCACGCUCACGACUACAGCCCACGCCACUCCUGUCAUCUCCACCACGACCUCCAUCACCUCGGCUACGAGCUCGGCUACAGCAUUUUCUGCCACUACCCCGGCCAUCGUCCUCGCCUCCUCAUUUUCCACUACACCGACCACGCAAACAAUCAUGACCUCCGCACCUGUCGUCCCCGGACGCUUGGCUGACUGGCUGCUCAGCCAGAAGGAGAGCUUUCUCGCCGAUCUCGCCGCCGGGCGCGGAAAGGGUUGGCUCAUUGCCGUCGGCAACGAGGCCGGAGACCUGGACACGAUCGCCUCCUCCAUCGCAUACGCGUACCUCGCCGCGUCGCUACAAGCGCAGCGGGUCAUCCCCGUGAUCCUAACGCCGCGCAAGUUCAUGCACCUGCGGCCGGAGAACUUCCUGGCGCUCGCGCAAUCCCACAUCCCCUCGGACGUGCUCCUCCACCUCGAAGACCUGCCUGUCAAGGCGUCCGACCUUCUCUCGACCGGCGUGGGCUUUGUGCUGGUGGACCACAACCGCCUCCUCCCGAUCUUCGGGACGACGGACGCGGCGUACGCGGCCGUGCGCGCCAUCAUUGACCACCACGAAGACGAAGGCGUGUCGCUCCAAGCGAGCCCGCGCAUCGUGACCGUCCCGAACGGGUCGAGCACGUCGCUCGUCGCCCUGUCGUUCCAGGACGAGUGGCGCGCAAGCGCCGCCGGCCCCGCCGGCGCGGCGGGCAGCCCCGUGCCGCCCGAAGUCGCGACGCUCCUCCUCUCCGCGCUGCUGAUUGAUACGCAAGGCCUCAAAGAGGGCGGCAAAGCGACAGAGCUGGACAUGCGCGCCGCCGAGUUCCUGUAUCCCCUCUCGUCGCUCGCUCCGGCCGCCGACGUGUCGCUGUCGGCCACGGACACGGGCGCCGUGCCCGCGUCGCUGGCCGCGUUCAGCUCCGCCCUCAUAGACGCCAAGUACGAUGUCUCGGGCAUGGGCGAGCACGACCUCCUCCUCCGCGACUACAAAGAGUAUCCGUGGGACACAUCUUCGGCCGUCUCCCCCCGCCUCGUCGUCGGCCUCUGCACCGUCCCCGUCAAGAUCGAGAAGAUGCUCAAACACGAGGGCGGAUGGGCCAACUUCCUCGCCAUCGCGGACGCGUACAUGGCCGAGCGCAAGCUCGACAUCCUCGGCAUCGGGACGACGUGGAAGAACUCGGCCGGCAAGGGCCGCCGCGAGCUCCUCAUCUCCGUGCGCGCCGGCGGCGCGCUGCCCGACUUCGCCGCGGCGCAGCGCGCUCUCGCGGCCCUCGACGCCGGGCUGUCGGCGGACGUCGAGACGUUCGCCCUCGAGACCUGGAAGUUCAAGGACGAGGCUCACGCGCCCCCGCCGGCCCUACUUGAUGCGCCAACGCGCAUCACGCGCGUUUGGCGUCAGGGCAACGCACACAGCACGCGCAAGCAGCUCGCGCCCGCGAUGCAUCGCAUCGUGGCGGCGCUGAGCUGACCGGCGCACGCAGGCUUCGCUGAGGUGAGCCGUCCAAGCUCACCGCGGAUCUGAACGGGAUGUACACGAUGUGGAUAAUAAACAAGCAGCUAGAUGCCGGGUAUACAUGAAAAGGGUACUUGUCUGUCUC